GAGGAGUAAGAGGCGCAUUUCUUCUUCUCCCCCCUCGCCUCUCUCUUCUCUCCAGGACAAACGGCACAAAGAUUUCUCCCUUGCCCCGGACAGAAUAAUCGCUGGUUCGUUGAAGGAGCGGACAGAAACCAAGUCAUGUAUGAAAACUAAUUGCUCGCAUGGGUACGCAUAGUUAUGAGAGGAGGCAGAGAGAAAAGAAAAAAAAAAAACAACUAGAGGUUAUCAGCGCAUGGGUGGGAUUCCUUUCAUUGCGCUUCAGCGUUGAUAGGCAGAUAGACAGGAGGGAAGUUACGGCUACAGGAGCGGCGAGCGACUGCCUCUGAAACAGGCGUGAUAGGAGAGUUUUCGACCUUCGUGGGUUUUUGUUUUUUUAUUUGACGCCAACCUUCAGCUCAGGCUCCCUCUCUCGCUCUCUCUCGCUCUCUCUCUCCCCCUCUCUCUUUUUGGUCUUGUUCUUAAGAGCGCAGCCCAUCGCCGCGUACAGAAGGCGCCCCGGACCGCAGUGUGCUCCGUCCUGGCGCCAUCUGCACCGCAAAAAUUCAACAACAAGCCCGAGCUUCUUAUUGGGGAAUUAAUCCGCCGUGUUUCCUGCGUUACAAGCCUCGCAGUUUACGCGGAGAGAGAGAGGAGAGGAGAGGAGAGGAAAGGAGAGGAGGGGGGGUUUGACACGACCACGUACUGACGCUUUAACCCCUCUGAACGCGGCUCGGACGCGAGCCUCGGACCCUCCUGAGCUCUGUGGGAUUUUUUGCUUUCUGGAGAAGUGGAGGAUUUCGGCUUUCCAUUUUCUGCCCUUUUACGCCUCGGUCGGGAUCGCACUGGGAUUUAAGGUGGGGUUUCUUUUCUUUUCUUUUUUUUUUCUCCUCCUGAAUCCCGACGCAGGUAACUGGGAGAUACCCCCACUGUCUCUUGUUGAUGACACUUCAACAGCAGAUUGUCGCGUCCGAUGGAUUUUUCCGCGCACAACGCUUUCGGCAGCCGAACCAGCCGCGACGAGGCGGUUUUACGCGUGCAUUUGGAAUAAAUGAACUCCCGUCGCCGGCCAGCCAGCCGAGGGGUCCGCGGUGAAUUCACCCGGUGAGACGAGAGUGUGCGUGUGUGUGUGUUUGGACGGCCGGAAAUCAUGUGCAGCGGGAUCGACCUCUCGGCAUCUGCUUUAUUAGUCCCACUUUUGACUCCUUUGAAGUGACGCCUGUGAGGAAGGAUCCAUAACGACACAAUAUUCUGGUGGUGUUUCCCUGUGACGCCAGUGGGAGUCACUCACCUCGGCUCCGACCUUCUGACCGCCAGCUGAUCGGGAUGCUGAUGUGAAACCUGCAAUGGAGACCAGGGCUUGAUAUCUGGACCUGGAAACGGAUCAACAAUGGAGCGGCUGGUUGUGUGCGUGCUGCUCUGUGCGGCCCUGGUGAAGGGAUACAGCUGCCCCGGCCGCUGCAUCUGCCAGCACCUCUCCCCCACUCUGACUCUGCUCUGCGCUAAGACUGGUCUGCUGUUCGUGCCCCCAACCAUCGACCGCAAGACCGUUGAGCUGCGACUCACCGACAACUUCAUCACCAUCAUCCGCAGGAAAGACUUUUUCAACAUGACCAGUUUGGUCCACCUCACCUUGUCCCGUAACACCAUCAGUCAGAUCGUCCCCCACGCAUUCCUCGGCCUGCGAUCCCUGCGGGCAUUACACAUGGACGGCAACCGCCUCAGCGUGAUAAAGAACGACCAUUUUAAGGGCCUCGUCAACCUGCGGCACCUCAUCCUCGGUAACAACCAGAUCCACCAGGUGGCCGCCACCUCCUUCGAUGAGUUUGUUUCCACCAUCGAGGACUUGGAUCUUUCUAACAACAACCUGCGCACCCUUCCCUGGGAAGCCAUAGCCAGAAUGACCAACAUCAACACGCUCACGCUGGACCACAACCUGAUUGACCACAUCGGAGCGGGGACUUUCACGCUGCUCACCAAACUAGUCCGCCUGGACAUGACCUCCAACAGGCUGCAGAAGCUGCCACCAGACAGCCUGUUCCAGCACGCACAAGUGCUGUCUGACACCAAGGGCUCCAGCUCCUCCACCCUGGCUGUAAGCUUUGGUGGGAACCCUCUCCACUGUAACUGUGAGCUGCUUUGGCUGCGCAGGCUGACCAGAGAGGAUGAUCUGGAGACCUGCGCCUCACCCGAGCACCUCAUGGACAAGUAUUUCUGGUCCAUCCAGGAAGAGGAGUUUAUCUGUGAGCCUCCGCUGAUCACCAAACAUCUUUCCACCAAGCCCUAUGUGAUGGAGGGGCAAGGUGUGACUCUUAAAUGCAAAGCUGUGGGUGAUCCGGACCCAGAAAUUCACUGGCGAUCACCAGACGGCAAGCUGGUGCACAAUAACUCCCGCACCAUCCUGUAUGAUAAUGGCACCCUUGAUAUUCUCAUCACCACGCUGAAGGACAGCGGGGCAUUUAAUUGUGUGGCGUCCAAUGCUGCAGGCAUCGCCACAGCUGCUGUUGAGAUCAACAUGAUCCCCUUGCCCUUGUUUGUUAACAACACAGGCCACAUGCGUGAGGACCCGGGCCUCUCAGACAUCACCACCUCCUCCAAAUCUGGCAACGACACCAAGGGCUACGACAAGCAGGACAGGAGGGUGAUGGUCACCGAGCUGACCUCUUCCUCCGCUGUGUUACGCUGGCCAUCUGAGCGCCAUAUCCCCGGCAUCAGAAUGUACCAGAUUCAGUACAACAGCUCGGCAGAUGAUACUUUGGUGUACAGAAUGAUCCCAUCUACCAGCAAGAACUUCUUAAUCAAUGAUCUGGCUGCGGGCCGCGAGUAUGACCUUUGUGUGCUGGCGGUUUACGACGACGGCAUCACAUCAUUAACGGCAACACGUGUGGUCGGCUGUGUGCAGUUCCACACGGCCAGUGAGGUCAGCCAGUGCCGCUUCAUGCACAGCCAGUUCCUGGGAGGCACUAUGAUCAUCAUUAUUGGUGGUAUAAUUGUUGCUUCAGUGCUGGUUUUCAUUAUCAUCCUGAUGAUCCGUUACAAGGCCUACAGCAGCCCAGAGGACAGCAAGACCAAGGUCAGCUCCAGCAUGCACUCUCAGACCAAUGGCAGCCAGCAGCGGCUCCAGCGCUCAGCCUCCAAGCAGCCGUCCGACGAGGGACAGCGCGAGGCUCAGGCUCCUAAAGAGUGCAUGGCGCUGGUGCUGAGGGUGGACAACGAGAAGAAGGACGACCCAGCAGCCAGCACCGCAAUCCUGGAGGUGGAGCUGCCUCCUCUGAGCGCAGACAAGAUGAAGAGGAGGACCAGCCUGGACGCACAGCGCUCUGGCCCGCCAUCUGAGGACACGCAGACGGACAGUAGCUUGACGGGCUCCACCAUGUCCCUGUGUCUCAUAGGACCCAACGCUGGCACCAAGGAGGCUCCCAGGCUCAAGGACAAGAAAAGUGCCCUGGCCAACAUGGGAUUGCUCCCUAAUGAGCUGGCACGAACUAGGCACAGAUUCUCUUUCGACGGAGGGGAUUACUCCAUUUUUCAGAGCCACAGUUACCCGCGCAGAGCGAGGACGAGGUGGCACAAGUCCACCAACCAGCUCAACACGGAGUCAUCGCCGCUCGCCAACAGGAGAGUUACGUUCAGCAGCACUGAGUGGAUGCUUGAGAGCACAGUCUGAGGAAGGGGGGGCUGGGAGAAAAAAAAAAAAAAAAAAAAAACGGCUCAGCCACACACAAACAUACACAUGUAAAAACACAAAUAAGUCUACAUGCCAUAUGACACACUCUUUCUCUUGCGCACAGCAAAUGAUACACAAGCACAUUUACUUGCUCAUGCAAACUUUCUGUGAGUUGCUGGAGAAGAAGUCUCCCAUCAUCCUGCCUCUGCGUCAUACUCCCAGAGAGGUUUGUCGGCCAUGUCCUUUCUUUAUGCAGCAGUGCCUUAUUCUGAAAAAUGUACGAAUGGAGGAUGCUGCUCACUGUAGUCAUAAACCUUCCUCUCUAUCAUCGCCUCCCGACUCUGAGAACGGGAGGCACCUCUUUGGAUUUUUAAUUUUCUCCUUGUUUUUCUGUGACAUGCCAAGGGGGGAGUGUGGCGUCUGGAUGUGACUGUUUUAAUUGUUUAAAAAAGAAAAACCUAAAAAAAAAAAAUCAAAAAAAUAUAUAUAUAUAAAAAAACUUCAUCAUUAACUGUAAAGUGAAACAGCCAGGUAUCCUGUUAUGUCAAUCAUGUUUUUGGGUUCUUUAAAAAGAAAAAAAAAAAAAACUUUUGCACAGAAGACACGAGAUACAAGGACAAGUAUCACCACCAGUCUAUACAAUAAUAAUAAUGAAAAAGAAGAACAGGAUUUUACACAUGCCGAUUUCUAAUGUUAGCAUAGGGAGGAUGGACCUGGAAGCCGAGCGCGGAUUCCUCCUUGAUGGUCGGACUGUAUGAUGUUAAAUAGGUAUUGUUCCAGAUGUGACUGUAUAUUAAUCGGUACUGUAUCUGGCUGGUCUAGAUAAAAAGACAACAAAACAAAAAAGACAUAUAUAAGUAUAUUAAAAACAUUGGUGUAUGUGUACUAACUAUGUAAGUAAGUAAGUCAUAUGUCACAUGACUUUUUACAAAGCAUUUGGGUGUUGGCUGCAAGUUUUUACAUUAAAAACCUGUGUCAUCACACCUCUCCCUAUUUAGUAUGUCAAAGUUUGGACCAUUUAUCCCCUCACGAAGGGUAUUAAAUUUUUUGUGUGGGUUAA